CGAUUCCAUCAUAGGACACUCAUUGCCCUCACCCACUCUGCAUCGUUCACGCCAGAAACAGUCCGAAAUGGCCUUGAGAAAGCGUAGAAAGGUCGUAAAUGCUCUAUCGCCACCAAGUUCUGUCCGUCCCAGUUGUGGGAGCGACGAGUCUUCCGUGCGCUCACUUUCACUUGCGAGUACCAGGCUCACAAGUACCAGCCACCCUUCAUGCCUUCCGGCGGACAUCUUACUUCUUAUUGUUGAAGCCAUAGGAAAGAACGAAGAUCCGCAGAAUGAGCUACGCGCCUGCGCUCUGACGUGUCGCCUCCUACGCUCGCGAUCCCAGGCGCGUCUCUUCAGCUCUCCAAUUCUUUCCGAUGAGCAUCAGUACUCGACAUUCUCGCGAGCUCUAGAUGGCUCCUCAGCUCUAUCCGCCUACGUUCAAAGCUUGCGCUUGUACGUGGGCACCACUCACCCCGAUAUGCCCAUUCCCCCACACCUCGUGGUCGGAUUGAAGAAUCUCAAGGCGGCGACUUUCGUUGGAGAUGGAACCGUCUUGGGUACGCCAGUGCCAGAACGAACGAUAUCUUUCGUCAAGCUCUUCGGCGUCUUGAGCUCGACGCUCUCACGACUGGAGCUCGUGUUGUUCAAGUUCGCCGACUUUGCGGAGCUUGUCCGCCUCAUCUGGUCCUUCCCGGACAUCACGUCUCUCUCACUCGUUGGGUGCAGCUGGGGAAAGUCACAUGAGCAAAACACUCAGCGAGAUUGCCUGCCGGAGAUACAGCACUACCCUCGUCGCGCGCAGUGCUUGACAUCGCUCACGGUCAGUCUGCCCCUCUCCCUUCGGUUCUCGCUGACCAGUCGAGGCAGUUGCGACUCUCAUCUCGUUUGAACUUGUCGCUCCCAGCAUGGGGAGAUAGCGUCCGGGACUUAGAGAUUCAGGGCGCGGACCUCUCUGAUGACUUCAAGGGCAUAUCCACGUUCUCUCGUCUAGAGCGGCUCUGCCUCACGCUCUGCGCAAGCCAGCUGAGUGCUGUCCUCUUCGCUCUCAGAAACGUCCGCUCGCCGACCUUCAAACGCCUCGUGAUCAAGCACCAUCUCAAGGGACAGAGCCGUAACUCAGCCCUCAUACAUGUUAAGGCGCUGAGACUCGACACUAUCCUGGACCCAAGCGCGUUCCCAGAACUAAAGGCGGUAGACUGGACUGUGAUCACUAGCGAUAUUGUGGACGAAGCGAAGGUUCAGGGCUGGGUGGAGGAUAUUGGAAGACAGAUGCCUCAUGUGAGAGAUCGCGGACUGUUGACGUGUAAAAUUGAGCAAAAGAACAUGUUCUUUGAUACAUAGAGCAUGUCAAGGACGUCUUCUCAGACGUUGGAUGCAAUGCAUC